ACGUAAAACUCUACCCACAGAAUAGCGUCAUAAUAAGCUCAUGUUUCUUUAAUUCAUGAAUAUUGGCACCUAUAUGAUGUAUAUAUAAAUAUUAGUGCAUGUGCGUACGAUGUAGUAAUUCAUAUCAGCAUUCGCCUUCAAAGACAUGGAAUUUAUUAUUGUGAUAACUGCAUUGUUAAUUAACUUUUCUGGAAGGACUUUCAGUCAGAAAUUGGAUAUUACUGCGUUUGAAUAUUCUAGGAAAGUACCAAGCAUAAGAGAUAAGGAACUUGGUCACUGUGUCAGUAAAGUUGAAGAAGUGUUCCCUGGGUCACUAAUAGAAAAGGGAUGUACGCUUCCACCGAAAAGAGGGUCUACUAGAUACGUGUCCAAAGAACUAAAUGAUACCAGGAUCUUUGAAGUACAAAACCACAACGAUGUUUUUGUGUGUAUGGGAUUAUGUGAUGGGCAUGCGUCCUCUGUCCUCGGCUUGCUGCAUACCGGAGAUUGUUUGGCGGUUGAAAUUGCAGGGAAGCUAACGUUUGGUCCUAAGACAUUUAUCAAAGCAUACGUAGAAUAUUACAGAAGUGGGAUAGAUUUUCUUCAAACAGAUGGAGUUUCUCCACAAGAAUUGCAGCAAUAUUAUAGCGGGAACUUCUUUCUCCGAGAUAGAAGUUACGGGACUAUGGAAGUAAUAAUUUUAGAGAUGAGAUAUGCAAAGAAGAAACAGAUCGAGACACUAAGGAGGAACCAAGGUCAUUUCCAACGUUUGUCGUCAUUUAUAGAGCACGCCGUCCGUGAUGUAGGGAAGCCUUCAUCAAUAAAGCUCGUCAGAUUAUCCACUGCGACAGAAUUAUUUGAUAUUCUACGAUACAAGAGUCGGACGUUAGAUGAUGUGUAUUCUAAAUUAGUUGAGUAUGAAUCCGACAUAUACCAUACCCGUGAAGACAUCAAACGACAACACAUCAAACCUCAUCUAAGAUAUGGAAUGUACCCUUAUACUCAUGGUCAAGAAAAACUUGGAACAACUGCAAACCCUAGAGAAACAACAAAUUUAAAUCGUAUGUUUUCUGACGGCCCUAAAUUUGAAAAAUGCCCAGAUGGUGGUGCCUCACUACGAUCUACGGACCACUUACAAUGGGAAAAGGCCUGUCUGUCUGAAGUAAAAGUAGAUACAGCUCUUAGGAGACAAAGGAGAUUAGUCAAAAAGUGCAACAAAAUGCCAGUUGAACAAUGUGUUAAUCUUCCAAGGAUAAAGAAAAGUUUGAGAAAGGUUAAAGUUGAUAUUCAUUUGCAAAGAUCAAAAUGGCAUCUAGUCAUAAAAUCAGCCGAAGAGAAAACAAACUCAGUAAACAAAGAAACAAGACGGCUGUCCAAACAACUUCGUACUAUUGGAAAGAAGAUAAGAGAACUAACAAAAAGUAAACAAAAAGAAAGAAAUGCUAGGAAAAUAGGGAGAAAACCAAGACGAAGUAGAAAGCAGUGAAUAAGUAUGAAAAAGUGAUAACCUUCAAAAUGGUUUAUGUCAAACAUUAAAUGUAAAUUUGUGUAAUAUUGCUUCUAAGUCAAUAUGAAUUGACUGCAGGGACCAACAUGUGUGAAUUAUUUAGGUACUUGUAUUGAAUACAUUUAUGUGAGAAUUUAUGAAAUUUUAUGCUAUUAUCAAAACAAUUUAAGAUAUUGAAAGAUAGCAAAUAAAGUAUUUGAAUUUGUGACAAAUAUUUCAAGAUCCAACAUGUAUAUAUAGUCAUGACUUAAUUGAACUCUGCAAGGAAUAGAAACUUGGACAAGUUGUUAACAAUUAACACUAGAGGACUUAUUCUACAUUAAAAGCAUUGUACAUAUGAGUGCAAACAAUAUUUCUGGAUAUUCAUUAAUUAAAGCAACAUAUUGUAAAACAUUAAUGCUAUGUACUGUUGAGAUAGAAUUAAAAUAAGCUAAUUCAGGAUA